GGAAACAAGCAGCCCUGCCUGUGUGCUCGGCUCAGCGCGGCGCCAUGGAUUUCAACGUCAAGAAACUGGCUUCCGAUGCGGGGGUCUUCUUCACCCGGGCAAUGCAGUUCACAGAGGAGAAGCUGGGCCAGGCGGAGAAAACAGAGCUGGAUCCUCACCUGGAGAACCUGAUCACUCGGGCUGAUGGCACCAAGAACUGGACUGAGAAGAUCCUGAGACAGACGGAGGUGCUCCUGCAGCCCAACCCCAUCGACCACACUGGUGCUCGAAUAGAGGAGUUCAUCUAUGACAAACUGGACAAGAAGCUUCCCUCCAGGAUGACCAAUGCUGAGCUGCUGGGCCAGUACAUGCUGGACGCUGCCAAAGAGUUUGGUCCAGGGACGCCAUAUGGUAGCACCCUGAUCAUAGUGGGAGAGUACCAGGUUAGACUGGGAGGAGCUGAGCGCGAGUUCCUGCAAACCUCAGCUGCCAGCUUCCUCACCCCUCUACGCAACUUCCUAGAAGGAGACUGGAGGACGAUAUCAAAAGAGCGGCGGCUCCUGGAGAAUCGACGGCUGGAUCUUGACAUCUGCAAAGCACGUGUGAAGAAAGCCAAGCAGGCAGAGGCCAAAGCAGCAGCUGCACCUGACUUUCAGGAGACAAGGCCUCGAAAUUAUGUUCUGUCUGCCAGUGCAUCAGCGCUGCUGAGUGAGGAGGUGGACAAAGCAGAGCACGAGCUCCGUGUGGCUCAGACCGAGUUCGACAGACAGGCCGAGGUCACUAGACUGCUGCUGGAAGGAAUCAGUAGCACACACCUCAACCACCUGCGCUGUCUGCAGGACUUUGCAGAGGCUCAGGCCACGUACUACGCCCAGUGUCACCACUACAUGCACGAGCUUCAGAGGGAGCUGAGCAGACAUGCCAACGCUGUUGGCGCCCCCAACUCCUCCGCUGCUGUCUGCCCCAGCCCCGUCUCAGCUGCUUUCCUGUCAGGACCACCACCUCCUGGCGCCACGGUCUCUUCCUCCUCCUCCAGCCAAAAGCCCAGCACGCUUGCAAUGGAGCAGACUCCAUUCCCUGUUACUGGCACCAGAAAGGCCAAGGUUCUGUAUGACUACGACGCCCACGAUGUCAGUGAGCUGUCCCUCUUGGCUGAUGAGCUGAUCACUGUGUACACCGUACCUGGGAUGGACCCUGAUUGGUUGGUUGGAGAACGGGGAAACGAAAAGGGCAAAGUACCCGUCACCUACCUUGAACUGCUGAGCUAA